UGAAAUAAUCAGGAAUCACUUGGGCUGGAUCUAAUCAAUAUAGAAUUAUUAGACUGGAAUUUAUAUCCCUAUCUUAGAUACUAUUAUAUGCAUCGCUGGAUUUUUCAGGAUUCAAAUUUCAUUGGGUGAUCUCUGCUUCUAGUAUUUUGGGAAGAGGGAAAUUGUUUCUCCUUUUUCACUUUAUUCAUACCAUGUAUAGUUUUCUACACCUCUGUCAUGUCCCCUCACAUUUGCUUUCUUUCUAGAUUAAAAAUCCUCCAAACAUUUCGCCUUUAUUCAUAAAGGCUCCUGUCCCUUGAUCAUCCUAGUUGCCCUCCUCUGAACCUUCUCCAGCUCCACUGUAUCCUUUUUGAGGUGUGGCAAUCAGAAACGCACACAAUAUUCCAGAUACUGUCACACAAUUUAUAUAAGGACAUUAUAAUCGAUCUUAUUAUUCAUAACACUCUAUUGCCCCCUUUUUUUACAGCAGAGGCACAGUGUUGAUACAUUAAAUUGAAUGUUUACUAUUGACUCAAGAUCUCUUGCAUUAUCAAUGCUAGCCAUGAUCCCUGUAUACAAAUUUUGUUGUGUUCUAGAUGAGGUUGAACUAUUUUCUUCAACAUCUCUUAUUCCUUCUCAAGGUGCUUUCUCAGCAUCACUUACUUGUGCUCUUCUGGAAGGCCAAGAGUGUGUGGAAUGAACCCCACCCCCAGUAGGAUAAUAGGGGAGGAGCCAACAGAAAACAUGCUUCCUUGUUGCUUCUUCAGGAAAUAGCUCAGGUCAUCCAGCUGGGAAAAUGGCUUCUCUACAUUAUGAGUAACCAUGUGCUUAGAUCAGACUUCUACGUUUGCAGGUCAACUUAUGGAAACUAAUUUGAAGUAACAUUAAUGCACAGGACAAUUUCCUUCAACCAUAGGAUGCCUGCUGAAAAACUGGGAAUUAAUCAUGUAGACCAGAAGAGAAUUCUAGACAAACUGGAGAGCCAUCUCUCUUAAUAAUUCCAAGUUAUUCUGAUUCUAUACUACCAGAUAUCACUUUUCUAAUGGAAAAUCCCCAAAGCACAAGGUUUAUAGAUAUGCUGAAGAAAGAAAACUUCCCCAAUCAUACCACAGAAUGAAUGAAUACAUUAACAUUGCCCCAUAGAACAUCACAAAAUGAUCCAAACUCUUCACCAACAAAUCAUACAGACUUAUUGAUUGUUCAAAGUUAUGACAAUGAAAAAAAUGAUCUAUGACCGUUUUUCACACUUCUGAUCCUUAAAGCAUCCCCCAUGGUCAUGUGAUGUUUCACAACUGACUCACAUUUAUGACAAUUACAGUGUUCCAGGGUCAUGUGUUCACCUUUUGCAACUUUCUGACAAGCACAAAUCAAUGAGGAAACCAGAUUCACUUAACAACCAUGUUACUAUUUCAGCAACUGCAGCAAUUCACUUAACAAAUGUGGCAAGAAAAGUCAUAAAAUGGGGCAACACUCACUUAACGAAUGUCUCACUAAGCGACAUAAAUUUUGGGCUCAAUUGUUUGGAAGUCAAAGACUACCUGUACUUUGUCUUUGUAAAAAUCAACACAUGAAGGUAUCUCAGUUUCUCUUGCUGACAAUAAACAUUACUCGACUGUUAUUCUAGUUAGGUUGCUUUAGUUUUCCGAGUUGAUCCUGCUCUCUUUCCUCUAGGCUCGACAAACAACAAACUCCUUUGAAACAAGUGUUGCUACUGAUUGAACCUGCUCAAGUGCCGAUUCAGAAAUAAGGUGCCCAUUCAGGUCAGUAAGGUUGGUCCAAGGUAAUAAAUACCUUCCUGAACUUGCAGUACAGAAAACAGAGUAAGAUAGUCUUCAAGUUAUUCCUGAUCAGUCCUGGGCUGCAAAGUGUAUGUUAGCAUACCUGCCGAAAGUGUGAAAGCCAAGCAAUGUAAAAUGUAUUUUGCUUGGGACAAAUUGGGAAUAUGCCAAAUAAACAAUAACAGAAGAUUAAUAUUAGUCCUAACAAAUACAGAAUUCUGGAAAAGUGAAUCCUAGCUUUGUUUCACUUUGCAUUUUAAAGUGGUGUAGGUAAUCAAAUACACACAAUCCCAUCUAAUUAGCACAUGCUGUUUUGUAGAUGCAUGGUAUACUUUCACAAUUAACAAUAUUUUUAAUAGGCAUGUAUGCACUUUCAAUAAUGUACUGGUAACACUUGCUCAAUACUUUUGUGGGUUUUUUCCUUUCUUUUUCUUUCUUUUUGAAGACACAACUCUGUAAGAAUUCACAUUGAGAAAAGGCCUUCCAAAGAUCUGGGGAGUCUUUCCUGAAGAGAAGCACAUAGGUAUCAUAAAAUUAUCACUAUGGUUUUUGUUUUUUUUAAUCCCUUUCUUUUCUGUCAGCUUGAGCCUAUGUGGUCAUGCACUUCAUAAGUCAAGAUCAUGAAACGAGACUCAGCAGCCAAGUUUUCUGAAAAGCCAAUUCACAACUUCAAAACAAAUUAUAACAGUACGUCAGGAAUUACACCCCUUCUAAGCAUAAGUGAAAGAAACUUUCUUCAGGCUGUUCCAUUUUAAUAUGGAAAUGGAUGCAUUUUAAUAUGUCCCCUCUCUUGGAAAAGUAGUCCCAGAUGGUUAUGAUGCAACUGUUCUCCUCACCAUGGUAACUUUGCCAAAGCUAAGAUUAAGUAAGAAGUACCAGGUAAAAUAGGAUUCCAUUUUCCUUUCGCUAUGCAAUCUCAUCCUUCUUUUGCAGCUCUAUCAUGAUGUGUCACCCCUUUCCAGCAUUCCUAAUGGUUUCCAUCAUUCUCAUGCGGCCAGGCACCUUUGCUCAAGAGUUUCCCAUUCAGAGUCAACAUCAUCCUGAUCAAUAUUGGUACCAGACAACAGUAGAUCAAAUCCCAGUGAUCAAUGGGGGCACCUGCAAAGUGAUUGCUGUCAAACGCUGCUGCAACCGCAACCAUAUUGAAGAACGGUCCCAAACUAUCCAAUGCUCCUGUCUCCAAGGCAAAGUAGCUGGCACAACCCGCGGCAAACCUUCUUGUGUGGAUACCUCCAUUGUGACAGGAAAGUGGUGGUGUGAUAUGCAGCCCUGCCAGGCUGAAGAGGAGUGCAAAGCAUUACCUGACAACUCAGGCUGGAUGUGCUCAUUAGGAAACCGUGUUAAAACUACCAAGGUAAGGUCUCUCACAACCCUGACAAGCCACUUCUUUUACCGUAUCUCAAAUGUGUAUCUAGUCUUGAGGAUUGUAAAGAUUUUGUUCCUUUCUUUUUAAGCCCAUUGUACAAAUACUGGAGAUUUAAUUUCCAUUUAACCAUUUAUUUUGACUUGUUUUUCAGAUCCAUCCCAGGAAAUGAAGUCUGUUAUAAUGGAAAACCCAUCUCUGAAGAAGGCAUGACAGAUUUCAAAUACUGUAAUUAUCAUCAACUUCAUGAUGAAUGCUAGUGGGCAUG